CGUCAUACGUUAGGAAGGAAGAGCAAAGAGAAACCAGAAUCCAACGGCCGGAAAACUUUCGAAAAAGUGGCAGUCCGGAAGAAUGACUGGCGACGGUCAGUCGUUCUGGAGAGUGGAGACCUUCGGCAACAAAAAAAGGAAAAAAAAAAAAAAAAAAGAAAGAUCUGGAGACUCAGUGAGUCACUGAGUCAGCAUGUCUCUCUCCCGAAACUCAAUUCCUCUCUCUCCUUCCCUAUUCUCUUCUCCUGCGCAUUCCCUCUUUCUCCUUUCUCUUUCACUUGAGCCCUUUUUCGUCUUUUCCACGUCCUCUUCUUCUCCCAAUCAGACGGCCUACUCUCCUCCACGUCACCAUCGUCUUCUUCACCACCCCUCCUGUCAUCUUCCUUCUCUCCUCUCUCUGUCUUUCUUUCCUCUUCCUUUUCUUUUAUAUUUAUAUUUAUGCACAAUAACCGCCCCUCUCUAACCUAGGGUUUCCCAAACGCAAUCGCCUCUCUGUCUCUCUCUUUCUAAUGCGUCGGCCUUUGGACUUUGCUCUCCAAUAUCGGCGUGAAAGAUUAAUUCUUCGUGAAGGAGGGGUUUGAUUUGGUUCCGUUCAAGAAGGGAUUUUUUUUUGGCUGAUAAUUGGAGUGGGACACAAAGUGGUGAUUGGUUUCUCGUUAUUGGGAAGGAGUGAUGGCGAUUGAGAAGAACAGCUUCAAGGGUACUAGGUUUGAUCCAGAGUUUUCCCCCAAUAGUAGGGAGACCAUGUCCAGUGAUGAGGACGAGGUUCAGCGUGGAGUCUCUGCUGCUGAAUCUGACGAUGAGGAUGAUGAAUUUGAUGAUGCGGAUUCUGGGGCGGGAUCUGAUGACUUUGACUUGUUAGAAUUAGGGGAAACUGGGGCUGAGUUUUGUCAAAUUGGGAAUUUGACUUGUAGUGUUCCUUUUGAAUUGUAUGAUCUUUUGGGUUUGGAGGAUAUAUUGUCUGUUGAAGUGUGGAAUGAAGUUUUAACUGAGGAGGAGAGAUUUAGCCUCACUAAGUAUCUGCCUGAUUUGGAUCAGGCCACCUUUAUGCUAACUCUCAAAGAGCUUUUUGAGGGUCAGAAUUUCCAUUUUGGCAGCCCUAUAAAGAAGCUGUUUCAGAUGUUAAAAGGAGGCUUAUGUGAGCCUAGGGUUGCUCUCUAUAGAGACGGUUUGGGUUUCUUUCAGAAGCGGAAGCAUUACCAUCUUUUGAGGUCUCAUCAGAAUAAUAUGGUCAGUAGUUUAUGUCAGAUUAGGGAUGCUUGGCUUAAUUGCAAGGGGUAUAGUGUUGAGGAGAAGCUUAGGGUUUUGAACAUUAUAAAGAGUGAGAAGAGUUUGAUGUAUGAGAAGAUGGUUGAAGAUUUGGAGAGUGAUUCAUCAGAGAAAGAGGAAUUAGGUGAUGGGCUAUGGAGGAAAAGGGUUAAGGACAGGAAAACUGUUGUCCAACAGGGUCAUAAUUCCGCAUAUAGGGCUGGUUCGAAUUUGGAAUCGACUCCACAAAUGCCUUCAGUGGGUUCGAAAGUGCCAAAGUAUGCAAAGCAAAAUCCAAAGGGUAUACUGAAGUUGGCUGCGUCAAAAGCAUUUUCACCAAAGGAGACAGUGGGCCGGUCCCCUUCUCUUUAUCGAGACCUGGAUGCAAAUUCUAGGCCAUAUGGUCUGCCAGCACCAAUUUCUCGUCAGAAGGUGAUCGGAUUUGACUCAAGGGCAGCACGUAAGCUAAGGAAUCAGAUGAUAAUUAAUGAUGAUGAUGACAAUGAUGAUGAUGAUGCUGAAGAUGCUGAAGAUGCAGCAUACACGAAGAGCGUCCAACGGGAUCGCAAUGUAGCACGCAGUGGCAUGAGGGACAAAAAUGGUGUUUUAAAAGCAGGAAAGAAGCAUGGUCUAUUGAGAAGUGAGGAAUUAGGCACUGACAGUUUCACAGGCUUCCCUUCCUCUUCAAAGAAUGAUGUACAUGCCUAUGUGAGGAAAGGAGUUGCAGCUAAGCUACCUAAGAUUCAAACUUCCCAUGAGUUUGGCAAAAAGGCCACAUAUCCUGAAAAUUUUCAGCAAUUUGCUAUUGGAGAUCGCCUGAAUUCACUGAAAGGCCGAUCAACAUAUAUGAAGGUUAAUCAGUUUGACUUAUCAGAGCAUGGUGAAUGGCAUGGAAAGAACCAAGGACAUGCCAUCUCUAUGGAUUCCUCACUGAAAGCUGAUGAUCAAAAUAUGACAAGCAAGACGUGGAAAGCAGGGAGGGAGUUCCCAGACCUCAAUUAUAAAACUUAUCAAGCUUCUUCUCCGCAGUUGAAUGAUAGAGUUCUGCUUUCGGACUUGAAAGCAAAAUCAUCACAGGAGAAGAUCAAGGCAAAUUUUUUACAGAAUGGAGGGCCAGAUAAAGGAGCUAAGAAAUUGAACAGGAUGUAUGCAAAAAAUGAAGAAACAGAAUCAGACUCAUCUGAGCAGUUUGAUGAUGGUGAAGAUGAUGAUGAUGAUGAUGAUGAGGAGGAGGAGGAGGAGGAGGAGGAGGAUAGCUAUCCUUUGGCGAGAAGCAAGUUAACUUACCCUAGUGGUAUCAUGAAGGGUUCGCAAACAUCCUUCUUAAGAUCUAGCCUAGAUGCUAAGAAGGGAAAAUUUGUUAAGAAAGAUAUGCCAGAGAAUUCAAUGGCUUUUGAUGGAAUGACAGGUUUCUCCAAAAAGAUGGAGGGCUUUAGUGAGCUUGAGCACAUGCCAGGAUACUCAUCAAAAGCAAAACAGAAAGGUAAGAUGCGAGACAGCAGUCCAUUGCAUAGCUCUGGAGCUAAAGUUUUGAAAAACAGCUCCCGGAUUGGCUUAGGUAAAGUUACAGAUGAUGAUGAUAGGAAAAGAAGUCACAAGGUAGGCAAGAAAGGACAGGCGCGAGAAUCUACUGAAAGUUUACAUGUAUCCUCAUUGAGAGCCUACCCUCCUGACCGAAAUCGGAAAGGGGAAGUUAGUCAUGACUACACUAUUGAUGAGGAGGAUGAUUCUCUUGAAACACGUCUAUUGGCAGAUGAAAAUGCACUAGUUAGAUUGGGUAAAAGAGGACAAGGCAGUGAAGCAUAUGUUCCUGAUCGACAUGAUAGAUCUGAUGCUGCAGUUAAAGGGUUCAACUUAAUGACAAAGAAACGAAAAGCAAAGGAGGAAUUGUCCAACAUUGAUAGAAGAAAUGAAGAUGGCAAUAUGCAGUCUAGCCUUCAGCAGCAAAUUGAUGAUUCCAUAUCAUUGAAGAAAAGAGGAAAAAGAAAAGUGGAGGCUGACACUGGCAUUUCAGAUAUGGAAACUCCUGAGCCACCUGUCACAGAAAUGGGAGAAAGAGAAAUGGAUCUAGAUUCCAAACCACAAAAAAAGCCAUAUACACCAAUUACACCUACAGUUCAUACUGGUUUCUCAUUUUCCAUUAUACAUCUUCUUUCCUCAGUUCGCCUGGCAAUGAUCAGUCCUCUCUCAGAAGAUCCCUUGGAAGUUGUCAAACCUAGUGAAGAGCAGAAGGGAAAGCAAGAAGGUGACACAAAAGGUGUUGUUUCUCAUAAGAGUGCAGAUGUAAAUAAAGCAGACCAUGCUCUGCAGGUGAGUGUGCCAUCUCUUACUGUACAAGAAAUUGUUAACCGUGUCAGAUCAAAUCCUGGGGAUCCUUGUAUUCUUGAGAUGCAGGAGCCUCUUCAGGAUCUGGUCAGAGGAGUUCUCAAGAUAUUUUCAUCAAAAACAGCCCCUUUAGGAGCAAAGGGUUGGAAGGCACUAGGGGUUUAUGAAAAAUCUACAAAGAGUUGGUCUUGGAUUGGUCCAGUUUCUCAUACUUUAACUGAUCAUGAAACUGUUGAGGAGGUAACAUCUCCUGAAUACUGGGGCCUUCCUCAUAAAAUGCUUGUCAAGUUGGUUGAUUCAUUUGCUAACUGGCUGAAAAGUGGUCAAGAGACACUGCAACAAAUUGGAAGUCUUCCAGCACCACCCGUGUCGUUGAUGCAGUGUAACCUGGAUGAGAAAGAAAGGUUCAGGGACCUUAGAGCUCAGAAGAGUCUCAACACUAUUAGUCCAAGUUCUGAAGAAGUGAGGGCUUAUUUCCGUAAGGAAGAAGUUCUGAGGUAUUCCAUUCCUGACAGAGCCUUCUCAUACACAGCUGCUGAUAGUAAAAAAUCCAUUGUUGCUCCCUUGAGAAGGUGUGGUGGCAAGCCAACUGCAAAAGCCCGAGACCAUUUCAUGCUAAAGCGUGAUCGUCCUCCUCAUGUUACAAUUCUUUGUCUUGUUAGAGAUGCAGCUGCCAGAUUGCCUGGAAGUAUUGGCACCAGAGCAGAUGUCUGCACCUUGAUAAGAGACUCUCAGUAUAUUGUUGAAGAUGUGUCCGAUGCUCAAGUGAAUCAGGUAGUCAGCGGGGCCCUGGACCGUUUACAUUAUGAACGUGAUCCUUGUGUACAAUUUGAUGGGGAGAGGAAAUUGUGGGUGUACUUACACAGAGAUAGAGAAGAAGAAGAUUUUGAAGAUGAUGGUACUUCAUCUACAAAGAAAUGGAAGAGACAGAAAAAGGAUCCAGCUGACCAACCUGACCAAGGAGCUGUAACUGUGGCUUUUCAUGGAAAUGUGGAUCAGUCUGGGUUUGAUUUGGGCUCUGACCUCAAUGUUGUGCCACCAGGCUCUGAUGAUACUAAAAGAAUAGAUCCCGUGUGCAAUGAUGCGAAAAAAAGCAUGGAGGAUAAUGCUGGGAGUAGUCAUGUGUCAGAACAAGGCAACCUGGAUCAGGGUCAUUCAAUGGUUUGGGAUACCCUUAGCUUAAAUUCAAUGCGAGAGAAUAAAUUAUUAUGUCAAGAAAAUUCCACAAAUGAAGAUUUUGAUGAUGAGACUUUUGGAAGAGAGAGGCCAGUUGGACUGCUAAGUGCAAGCUUAUCAUGAAGAAUAUUUCAGGCUUGAGCAGUCUCGGUCUAUGUCAGAAAUCAUGGUUAGUUCACUUCAGGGCGUGUGCUAUACGGUAAAGGUUAAGUGUAUAUUGAUUCAAUGCACAAUGUAGAAUAGCAAGAGAUAUUUGUUGCGGCUUAGAAAUAUAUUCAUUACAGGUGGAUUCUUAUAUGGUUCUAAUUUUCCCCACCUUAGUCUAUAUAAUGUUUUCAUUUUUGCCUAAAUGAUUUAUAGUUCAUUUGGAGGAUUGUGUAGUGAGGCAUUAUAAAACCUUGGCUAGCUGUACAUAUGGUUUAGAUAAAUGGUAAAUCAAGGAAGAGUAUUAGCUUUUUUCGUUAA